AUGAGAGUUUGGUCGUAUGUUGGUCGCGGUGGCCCUGCUUGCUCUAAAUGGAAUCAGGGAUUCGAAUUGACGAUUAGGAUAUGGAAGAGUGUAGCAAGGAUGUAUUCUGUGCGAGCUCUUGCUAUAGAUCAAGAAGAUCGAUCGAGAUUGGGCGGUGGUGUGUUCAAGGACAAGCAAAACCUCAGCGAAGAGCAAAGAUGUGGGAUAUCCAGGCGAUGGCAGACUGAUUCCACUCAACUCACCAUGGCAUCUGUUACCACAGCUUCACAAAUGUAUGGAUGUGAGCUGGACACAGAAUCAAUCAAUCGAAAAUGUUGUAGGAGAGCAUGUGUGGAGAGUAUGGGGAAGACAGAUUUAGGAAUUCAUGGAGACACAGAAGUUUCAAUGGCUGGAAGUAUGGGUAAUACUGUGUUGGAGAUGGAUCUAAUUCUCGAACAAAUUGAGCGGAAUCGUAGAAUUGUUGAACAACUUUCUCCCGUACUUAAAUAUAAGGAAAUGAUGCGAAAGCGCCGCUCCCGUGCUGCACCUCGACGAAAGUUCUCAAUAGCACAAGGAUAUCCUCGGAUUACCCGUUGGAAGGGGACGAAAACGGAGCAUAGAGUUAGUAACGCGGGUCAGAAGUACACCACCAAUCAACAUGAACUGAUUUGA